AUGCUACGUGAUUCUCGUUAUUCCUCGACGCACAGCCCCACCUCUAGCGGUGAAAAUGGCUAUGUGCUAAGCGUCAAUCUUUCCGGACGGGGAGAUGUCGGCCAGGGUGAUCCGCUGGCCCACUGGGAAGUUAUGCUCCACAAGCGAGGGGAGCCGGACGGUGAUCUCUACUGUGUUCGCAAAGACGAAAACUUCUACUACGAACAUCCGGUACAGAGACGUGUGGUCGAAACAGCUGCUACCUACGGUCGAAAUGAAAUCCAACACCUUUCGGAUAGGAGCAAGGAGGCAGCGGUACGAGUCUUGAAUGCGUAUGGAAAAGACAAAUCCAACCUUCCGCACAGGAAUGCAAGCAGCCAGGAGUGGACCGUUGGUGCACUUGGUGCACUUGAACGAGAGAAGCUGGUGCCCCAGGGAACCAGAGACUAUUGGAGCCGAAAUAUUGGACAGGCUUCUCCGGAGAUUAGCGGUCGACUCCAGCAAGACGGCGGCUCUUGGGUUCCGUCAACCACUGUGUACCCUAAAGGGCGAGGACCUGCCGAUGCGACAUUUGGAAAGGAGCAAGUGCGACAGCCGGUUAAUCGUUACAAUUUGGACGAAUUUGAGGGCCUCAGUAGCAGCAGGAAAUCUAGGAGGUAA